GGUCUUCAAGGCUCCCCAACAUCCGACCCACGCAACAUCACCUCUCUCGAUGCUCAAGAACUACCAGUGUACCUACCUCGAGCUUCUCCGCGAUGUUUCGCAACCGAACGAAUUCGCAGAAGCCCAAGGACGAACUGUUGCAGACGUUCAAGGCUUCCUUCCCACAUCUUGCACAGCGAUCGCAGUCAGUUGCGUUCCCGCCAGGCCACACCCUCACAGAUGCGCUCGACGUAGCACAUCCCACUCGACAUGUUGGCGAUCUUGACGAUAUCAAAGACCAGGACCCGACACCACGUGGAAGCCAUGAGCCAUGGAGGUUUACCCCGUCUCUGCUCGAUCCCAACAGCUUCGCCUUCACAUCCUUUGCAAACCAACCCCCAGGUUACUACACGCCUACGCCCGGUGGUACCAACACGCUCUAUCACAGCCAGGCAGGUGAUCUGCACACGCCGGGCUUCAGUUUUGGUCUCGGAACACCACUUUCACUCCCUACCUCAGAAGGAGGGGUGCACGCCGGUCACAAUGCACACACUCCUAACCUCCAUGGCUUCAAUCCUCAUGCCCUUGGAUCUCAUCACUUCCAAAACAUCAACCCCUUCGGUGUCCAGACUCAACACUCCCAAUCUUUUGCGCCUCACCAGUUUAGCCAUCAACCUUCCGCAUUCGACCAUGGCCACCAAUUACCGCAAUCCCACGGAGAAUCGCCCAUGGACAACAUGAUCUCAGAGGUUGAACUGCAAUCGCCCUUACUUGGGUUUGCGCCGCAGCCGCAGUCUUUCGGAGAGAGCCUUGCCGUUUCUGGCGCACAGGCCCCUCUACCAAAUCCAAAUAGUUUUCGAUUUCAUGUUACAUUGAAUGCGCCAACCGCAAUGAUUAAGCACUCAGAUGAGGUGCCUGUUACGUACCUCAACAAGGGUCAAGCCUAUUCGAUAUCGCUAGUGGACACUGCGCCAAACGCGGCGUUAUCUGGUCCUGUCAGGUAUAGAACCUUCAUCCGCAUCUCAUUCGAGGAUGAGCAACAACGGCAACGCCCUGCUGCUUGCUGGCAAUUGUGGAAGGAGGGUCGCGGAACCAACGAAGCGCAUCAACGAGGUGGUCGCCUACAGGCUGUUGAAUUUGUGGAUCCAAGCCAAGUCGGGGGUGGCGAAGUCCAAGGACGGCCAAGAGUGGAUCUAGAAUCAUCUUCCUUUGAUGGUUUUGCUGUCACGUGGACACCGGUCCACAGUACUGCACCCGAGUGCUCCCUAGCCGUACGGUUCAACUUUCUCUCUACGGACUUCAGUCACUCCAAGGGCGUCAAAGGAAUCCCAGUUCGAUUAUGCGCCAAGACUGAAAUCAUCACGGAUGUCGCUGGGUCACCACCGAGCAAGUCGGGAGCUGAGCUGUGUUACUGCAAGGUCAAACUCUUUCGCGAUCAUGGUGCUGAGCGCAAGUUGUCCAACGAUGUUGCACAUGUAAAGAAAACCAUCGACAAGUUGAAACAACAGAUCGCGCAGGUGGAGUCUGGAAUGAAAGAUUUUGGAAAGCGCAAGCGCAGUGGAUCAGUCUCGAGAAGUAGCGCAAGCUCGAGACCUGGCAAGAUGCCCAAACACAAGAGGACCUGGUCUAUGUCCUCAGCGAGCUCAAACUCCGGGGCCCGCGCACCCGCUGAAGAAGACUUGCACAUCAAGCUGGCCACUUUACAGGACAUGUUCAGCUCCACCAGGCCUGUGAGUGUGUUGUAUCUGGAAAGCGACCAGCACGACGACCCAGAUCUACAUCCAGUGCAGUUGACUGCGACCCCUCAAGAACUGUCAAAGAUGGAGACCAAUGUGGAAGCGCCAAUGUGGGAAGGACCCACUCCUCAAGCUGAGGCCUCGUCAAUCGUGUCACCGACCCCAAGCUCACAGUCUCUGCCUUCAGAUAAACGUCGAAACUCAUCGUUUCAACGCCCAUUCCACCCGCCUUCGCGGAUGAGUUCAGGUGAAUGGAGAAAUUUCCCACAAACAGCCACAGGCGAUCUGAAAGGCGCUGUCAAUUUACCUAGAGGCUCCAACGUUUCAACCAAAGUCCAAAGACCAUAUUCUGCCGAUCAUGCCCUUUCUGGAUGGAUCGACGCCUUGGGUGUCGAUCAAACAUACCAACCGCCGCCAGAGCCCAUGUUGAAGCCAGUUGCUUGCUUUUUUGUGCAACCACGCAUCGCAGGCAGACAGCCAGACGACAACUACUUCCGUGCUGUGUAUCUUAUGGAACGCACCGUCAAAGCGCUUGUCAGUGGUAUUGCGAUGAAAGUCAAUAUCGAACCGACCAAAGUCACCCGCACUAUCCGUGUCAAUCAGAAGGGACUGCAGAUUUUGAUGGACGAUGACGCAGUCAACACACUUCCGGAGCAACAAGACAUGGCAGCUGAGUUCCACGAGAUUGGCACGCCGCCAAUACACUCCAUCAAACGAGAAUGGAACGCUACACCCACAGACAUCCAAGUCGAUGGCGACAUUAGUGUUGUGGAGAACGUGCACUCGACUGGCUACGAGCUUCGCCUUCUCUUUUGAAUAUCUUCGCCUAAUAUUCCCCAGCGGCACAGUCCUAUUUCUCCACCACGUCGAAGACGUAUCACGAUUUAUCCGCUAUAAUGACUUUGUACUGGUAGUACAUUUGAAGCGAACCUGUCGACACUUUCUGGGAGACUAAUCUUGCUGAUAUGGUUGCUUGACACAACUU